GUUACUUCUUGCGGAGCGCAUGCAAUCCCCUGCAAAAAAUUCUCAGUGACUUCAGAUCCAAGGAGGAGGUGAUAUUCAUGGGAGCACGGUUCAAACUCUCACUUGGAGCACAGCUUCAGCAGCCUUUCAGCCGCUGCUCUCUCUGCGCUUCUUUUCCUCUUAAACAUAAGCUAAAGAAGAUUGAAUAAUGUUUGCUUAAAAUAAUAAUAAUAAAAAAAUAAUAAAUUCUGGAGAUUUUUUUCUACCCGUGGACAGAUUUCAGGAGGUGAUUUGAGAACCUGAAGACAGACUGUUACCUGGGCAUUAUGAAAAGGUAUCCAGGCGUCUUUCACUGCUGGGAGAGGAUGCUUGUUUUGUAAAAAAUAUAUAAUAAAAAAAAUUGCUCAUAUUUUUGUGACUCUUGACAAAAACUGUAACGCGAUCUGCGAGUUUCUGCGCGCUACUUUUAAAACUGCAUGACCGAAAUGGAGCGCACCGGAUUAACUGUUUUAAUGGUUUUAAGUGUUGCGCUCAUGCGGGUUGGCGACGGUCACCAGGAGGCAACAGGUGGGAGGACCGGGGCAAGCCAGGUGGUCUCCGACCAUCAGAUCAGUCAGGGUCACUCUCCCAAAGAAGCUCUGGACCUCUCGAAAACACCUACCACCGGCCAGUCGACAACUCUGCACCGCACGUCCAGGGGAGCGUCAGCAUCCAGAGGUGAAACGGUUCACGUUGCUGGCGCAUCCGGGGAAGACCUCGUCUCAUCGUCGCACGGCAGAGCGCAGCGCACAGCCAGACACCCGCAAACGAGCAGAGUGAACCGCAGGCAAAGCAGCAAGCCCGGCUCCUCCAGCACAAGACGACUGGCUGGGCCAAAUGUCUGUGGAGGUCAGCAGUGCUGCUCUGGUUGGGUAGUGGCUCCAGGACCCAACCGCUGCAUAAAACCUGACUGCCAGCCCCCCUGUCAGAACCGCGGCUCCUGCAGCCGACCACAUACUUGUGUGUGCCGCUCAGGCUUUCAGGGGCCCCGCUGUGAGGAGGUGGCCCCCGAGCAGGUGUACAUUCGUGAGCAGGGCACUCUGAGGCGCAUUCAUCCAGGCACCAAACCCUUCCAGAGAGACCCACCACAGAGAAGACCCUCAGAGAGGAAGGCCACAGACACCAUCAAGCUCCAGACCCCACGACCUGUGACCACCAAGCAACCUGCCCAGACUGUAACCCAAGCAAGACGAGGACCUGCGUACUCCUCGCCUCAGCAGAGUGGGACCUCCCGUACCGUGAAGCGUUAUCCAUCGUCCUCUGAGCCCAUAACCUCCAAUGCCCUGCCCAACGGCAACGGCUUUGCAAACGGCCACAGCAGUGAGAACAGAAACUGGUACUCACACAGGAACAGACAAAGCAACACCCCAUCCCUUAACGGUCAAAGGUCUCCUAGUGAUAGCCAGGGACAGUUCAACAAUGUGUUGCAUCCAGCAGGGGCUAACCUCACCUCCAACCUUGACCGGAUUAAGAUUGUCUUCACACCUAUGCUCUGCCGAAGGGUGUGCAGUGGCGGGCACUGCUACAACAGCUGCGAGAAGGGAGAUGUUACCACUGUAUACAGCGACAACUCGCAGCAGCAGCAGCAGCAGCAGCAGCAGCAGCAGCAGCAGCAGCAGCAGCAGCAGCAGCAACAACAACAGCCAAAGAACCAAGGCUUCAGACUCUUCUUCUGUCAAAUCCCCUGCAUGAACGGAGGCCGAUGCAUUGGCAGGGACUUGUGUUGGUGCCCAUCGAAUUCAACGGGGAAAUUUUGCCACCUACCAGCACCACCACCUCCCAGACCCACUCCUCACAGUCGCAAGGAUGCAACCCACCAGGCAGCGAAAUCACCAUCCCAUUCCAUGUACACUUUGCCACUCUCCAAUCAGCAUGUGUCUCUCCACCCAUCGCUGGUGAACGUCCACAUACAACACCCGCCAGAGGCUGAGGUCCAGGUUCACCAAGUAGCUCGAGUCCAGCCUGGACAGAGACCAGCCACCACAGAUGGGGCUCAUUCUGUCCAGCAACGUUCCCAGCCUGGAAACGGACAUGAACACACCAGUGAACAUAACGGCAGACUCACACACGGCAAUGGCCACUGGAAUGGCCACAGUACAACUUCCAUCCUCCAGAAUGGACAUGUUGGCAGAUGCUUUCAGGAAACAGUAGAUGGACAGUGUGGCAAACCUCUGCCAGGCCUAACCAAACAGGAUGAUUGCUGUGGAAGUGUGGGGGCGUCAUGGGGUUUGAGCAAGUGCCAAAAGUGCCCAACCAAACCAGCAUAUGCAGUGAUUGCGAAUGGACAAGUGGAGUGUCCCAAAGGUUUUAAACGAAUGAACUUCACACACUGUCAAGACAUCAAUGAGUGCCUGUUGCCAGGGAUAUGUAAGAACGCUGAAUGUCUCAAUACCAAAGGAAGCUACAGGUGCACUUGUAAGCCAGGUUAUAUGUUAGAUGCUGCCAGAAGCCACUGUGUUUCUGACAAGGCAGUGUCUGACCACAGGGCCUCAUGCUACCGGUCAGUGUCAUCAGGAACAUGCUCUCUGCCUCUUGUCAAUCACAUCACUAAGCAGAUAUGCUGCUGCAGCCGUGUGGGCAAAGCCUGGGGAAAUGGAUGUGAUCGAUGUCCUUUGCCAGGUUCAGACCACUUCAAGGAGAUCUGCCCAGCUGGUCAUGGAUACACAUACUCACGCUCAGAUGUGCAGAUUUCUCUCAGGCAGCUGGAAGAUGAUGAGCUGCAGAGCACAGGAGUGACGCUGGAGGAGCAGGAGCCUGAGUUGCCGUCCUCCCAGCCUUCACGACACAACAACUACCCUCAAACACCUCAAAUACCCCAGUACCCCGAGACACCACGAGUACCUCAGUACACUUUGACUUCACAAUAUCCCUCAGAAUCAGGACAAGAAACACCUAAACUGCAAGACGAUCUGGAAAUUCUGAUGCCGCCGCCUGUUGUGACGGACUCAACACCAAAUUAUCCAGAGAGCUCUCCAGACUCCCCUGAUUUCAACAUAAGGCCAGAUUUAAAGGAAACAAGCCCUGGAGUUUCCGUCACUGGCAUUAAAAAGUGUGCUACUUCACCAAAUAUAUGUGGGCAUGGAAAAUGUGUUCCUGUGCAGAAUGGAUACACUUGCGACUGUGAUCCAGGGUUCAAGCUCAAUGCAUUGCAGAACAGUUGCAUUGAUGUGAAUGAGUGUGAAAUGGACCCAUGUGAGGGUAAGGGUCACUGCAUAAACAGCUAUGGCUCCUACACAUGUCAGUGCCACAGAGGCUACAGCCAGGUGAUCACCCAGAACAGGAAAUUCUGUCAAGACAUCAACGAGUGCAGCAUGCCCAACAAGUGCCAGAACGGCCAGUGCGUCAACACUGAGGGAUCUUUCACCUGCGAAUGCAAUGACGGCUACUCCAAAUCAGGGCGAGGCCUUUGUGAAGACGUAGAUGAGUGCAGAGAUCACAGCUCCUGUCCCAACGGCAUCUGCGUCAACACUCUUGGCUCCUUCCAGUGCCAGACCUGUGGCCGGGGCUUCAGGCCCAUUGGUGGGAGAUGUGUAGAUAUCAAUGAAUGCUUGAACCAAACCAUGUGCGGUCGUGGUCGGUGUGUCAACACAGAGGGCUCCUAUACAUGCAACUGUUUCCACGGCUACAUGCUCUCAUCAAACAAUUUUUGCCAAGAUGUGGAUGAAUGCAUGCUUCCGGGGAUCUGUCUCCAUGGCCGCUGCGUCAAUCUGGACGGCACCCACAAGUGCACCUGUAACCUUGGUUACCAAGUCUCCUCAGACAGCAAGUCGUGUGAAGACGUCAACGAGUGUGCGAGUGGUACAGCGUGCCCAGUGGGGAUUUGUAUCAACACAGCAGGUUCCUACAGUUGCCAGAACUGCAGGCCUGGGUUUGGACCAUCCACUAAUGGGCUGAGAUGUGAAGACAUUGAUGAGUGUGCACAGGGAGGCGUUUGCUUUGAAGGGGUGUGUGCCAACACACAGGGAUCCUUCAUUUGCACUCAAUGCAAAGCUGGCUAUCAAGUGUCUGAGGACAGGCAGAGGUGUGAAGAUAUCGAUGAGUGCCAGUACCUGUCUACCUGUUCCAAUGGGAUCUGUCUAAACUCAGAAGGGUCUUAUACAUGUGAGAACUGCCCUGCAGGGUAUCAAGUGUCUUUUGAUGGGGAACUUUGUCAAGAUAUCGAUGAGUGUGCAAUGGCAACCACCUGUCCCCAGGGAAAAUGUACGAACACGAAGGGUUCGUUCACGUGUGUCACCUGUCAACCUGGUUUCACAGUUUCUGAUGAUGGACAAAAAUGUGAAGAUGUGGAUGAGUGCUCCGAGGGUAACUUGUGUCCUGGCCAACUGUGCGUUAACACCCCAGGAUUUUACACCUGCAGGAGCUGUGGAGCUGGUUUCCAACUGUCUGAAGACAGUCACACCUGUGAAGAUAUUGACGAGUGCCAGACUGCAGGUGUUUGCCUCGCAGGUGUCUGUGUUAAUACGGAGGGCUUCUUCUCCUGCAUGCCCUGCGAUCCAGGCUUCAGCGUAGCGCCCAAUGGCCUCUCGUGUGAAGAGGUAAAUGAAUGUGAGGAUGCAAGCCUGUGUCUGGGAGGCCAGUGCAUCAACACCAUCGGCUCCUAUGUCUGUUUGUGCCCACCUGGACUGGAGUCGGGAGGGACAUCUUGCAGAGACAUCAACGAGUGUUUAACGGGAAUUUGUGGAGAAGGAAGCUGUUUGAAUACGGAGGGUUCCUACAGAUGUAUGUGUCCUGAUGGAUUUACCACCACCGAUAAACCCCCUGGCUGCUGGGACAUCAACGAGUGUUUAACGGGAAUUUGUGGAGAAGGAAGCUGUUUGAAUACGGAGGGUUCCUACAGAUGUAUGUGUCCUGAUGGAUUUACCACCACCGAUGAACGCCCUGGCUGCCAGGAUGUUGAUGAGUGCAGCAGAGAUGAUGUCUGCAUUCGAGGAGAGUGUCUGAACACUGAUGGUUCUUUCUUAUGCUUGUGCGAACCCGGCUUCAAGUACAACACUGAUUCAGCUGACUGUGAAGACCAGGAUGAGUGUAAAGAGUUUGGAAGUUUGUUGUGUGGUACCUGGACCUGCAAGAACACCAUCGGCUCCUAUAAGUGCUUCAUGCAGUGCCAGCCUGACAUGCUUAGCGGAGACUGCGAUAUCGAUGAAUGCAACAAUGAGACCAUCUGUGGGAGCCACGGCUUCUGCGAGAAUACAGUCGAUUCCUUCCUAUGCCAUUGUGACCAAGGGUACACCAACCCACCCGGAGAUAUUACCAGAUGUGUUGACCUGAACGAGUGUGAGAUGAGCUCGGCGCGGUGCGGAGAGGCCCUGUGUGAGAACUUUGACGGAAGCUUCCUGUGCAUCUGCCCCAACGACAAUGAGGAAUUUGAUCCUGAAACCAACCAGUGCCGCUCCAUGGAUGUUCCUGACACUAAGCCGGAGUCUCCAUCCACUCACAUAACUGAAGAGAGGAAAGAUUGCUAUUAUAAUCUAAAUGAUGCCAACAUCUGCAACAAUGUCUUGUCUCGUAACACCACCAAGCAGGAAUGCUGCUGCACAGCCGGCGCCGGCUGGGGCGACAACUGUGAGAUCCACCCCUGUCCUCCUGUAGGAAGAGAUGAUUACAAUCAGUUGUGUCCCCAUGGCAACGGAAUAUUAACUUUACCUGGGUCUUCUUUACUGGGUCAUGGAGAAAACCUCCGCUACAAAGAUGCAAAUGAAUGUGAAAUGUUUGGAAGCGAGAUAUGCAAGAAUGGGCAAUGUUCCAAUUUCUUUUCUGGGUAUACCUGCUACUGUCAGUCUGGAUAUUUCUACGACAAAAUCCGGCUUGAGUGUGUGGAUUAUGAUGAGUGUGGAUUUGGAAACCCUUGUGAAAACGGAGCAUGUGUGAACACGGCAGGAUCGUUCAACUGUUUCUGUAGUCCUCCGCUAGUCCUGGACAGCACACAGCACCGCUGCGUCAGUCCCAACACAACAGAAGGCAUCAUAGGUUCUGAUCAGGAUGUGAACGCAAAUAUUUGCUGGCGCCGACUUGAAGGGAACAACAUUUGUGCAGAACCGAUUCAGGAGCUCAGAACAACAUUCACUGAAUGCUGCUGCCUGUACGGCGUCGCCUGGGGACAGUGUGCACUCUGCCCCAGGAAAACUUCUGUUGAUUAUGCUUCCAUGUGCAACCUGCCUUGGACAGAAGGCGCAGACAGCCUUCGAGAGCAGAUAGGAUAUGAGUAUGGCAUUGAAGAGCCAGGGCUUCCUCCAUACUGGGAUAACUAUGGCGGUGGCAUUCCUGAAAGUGUUCCCAUAUUUACUGACAGUGACUACAACAACCCGCAACCACCCUUUCGUGUCCCAGUCCUACGUCCAGGUGGGAGCCAACCCCAACCACUGGAUCGCUAUACAGAGCGGCGUUACGACAGCUUUGAGGGUCUCCAAGCGGAAGAGUGUGGGAUCCUGAACGGAUGUGAUAAUGGACGCUGCGUUCGUGUUCGAGAGGGCUAUACCUGCGACUGCUUCGAUGGUUACGAACUUAACCUGGAUAAGAUGGCCUGCAUAGACAUAAACGAAUGUGAGGACAUCAGUGACAAGGUCCCGUUGUGUCAGAACGGCCAGUGCAUCAACACCGAGGGGUCCUACAAGUGCACCUGCCUGCCCGGCUUCGUGGCCUCCGCCAAGCCACAUAAAUGCAUCUCAGCAAUCCCAGAGUCCACAUUCAGGGGGGCAGAAAACUGAAAGAGAAACAAACUUUUCCUGCUUCUUAAAACCAUCAUCAUCCCCGUGCUCUGUCCACCAGAGAGCUCGGCACUAAACCUCCAACAGUAACACUGUUCGUCCAAGCUUUUCUCCCCACAUGUUGCUGACGCACACAAACGUACACAAGCUUUCUCAAAUCCCUUCCCCUGUUACGUAUUCAAGAGGACCAGGAAAUGUGCAUUGAAUGUAUUACACGGGAUUUAUUGUUCACCACAUUUCUGUUUGCCUUAAAGGGAUUGUUUUUGAGACUGAUUCUUUCAUAUAUUGAGUGACCCCAGGCAAAUUGAUCUGUUUAUAUAUUUCCCACUGUAUUUUCUCUGUCAAUUCACUUUUUCGAAGUUUGUUAUUUAUUUCAUUGACAUGACGGGCCUCUGAAAGUUUAGAAAGCAUCCGGUUUCAGAGGUUAGACUUGAUUCCUCUCAUUUCUCACAGAGACUCUGUGAUUAGAUGAAUAAUGUACAUUUUAAAGAGAAGGAAUUUCUGAAGAAAUAUGUCAUAUAUCGUCUUAUAUCUAUCUGGGUCAACAAACAGAAUUUUUCCCACAGCUGCCUUUCUUCAGGAUUUCUGAACCGAUCACCCAAACUUUCACGUUAAAAGCUCCACAAGCUUUGACAGACUGUACAUGUAUAUGAGGUUCUGUGAGAUGUUCAGAAAAUGGUGCUCCCAGUAGACUGUUUAGGACCAUUUUCAAAAAAUGAAAUGUAAUACUAACCCCCAUUUCUUUCUCUUAUAAUAGUAUUGAUCUGUUUCAUGCUUUUAUUUUUAAAGAAAUGAAAAGAAAAAACAAGCCUUGUUUGCAUUUUCUGCAAGAAAUUCUGAAAUAACGAGAAAUUGAUUUUAUUUGCCAUUGAAUUUAUUGACCAUUGUCACAGAGAAAAAGGAAUACUUCUUCAGACCAUGCCCAAGUGUCCUCCACAUUUAUUGGCACCCCUUGUAAAGAUGUGUAAGAAUGCAUUUGUAUUUUAUUCUGCAAGUGUUAUUUUUGAAA